AGGCGGCGCAGACCCGGGCGCCCGAUCCACGCGCGCCGGGCGCCCGGGCUGGCUCCAAGUUGCAAAGGACAAAAAGGAGCAAUAAAUGCUCACCAGGGAGAGAGAGGGAGCCGGAGCGAGCGGCAACACCCAGCCUCAGCCGAGGGAGCGGGAGGGAGGGAGCGGGCGCGAGCGCGCGCCGGGGCGAGCCAUGCACGUAGAGAAACUGACACCCGGACCCCCCACUUCUGCUGCACGUUGCUGGCAAUCAGACGGCGCGGAAGCAAUUUCCCGAGCCCAGGAAUAGCCCCGCGCCGGGAGGCUUCGGCCGCUGAAAUUGGGAGCUCCAAGCACUUUGCCCCCAACCCACUUUUUUUGUCCCCCCGGAGAAGGGGUUGGGGGCGCUGCAAUUUGGAAACAGCUCUUUUUUCUUUCCUUUUCUUUUUUUUUUUUUUUUUAAUCUUGCACUUUGAAACCGCGGGGCCGAAGCCGGGUGCGCGCGUGUGGUUGGUGCUUUUUUUUUUUUUUUUUUUUUUUUUUUUUUUUUUUUUCUCUCCUUCCCCUGCUAAACUCCUCUGUCAGCCUGUAAACAUUACCUGAGAAUUCCCCAGCCGGAGCGGCUGCUGGGGCAAGAAACUUCUUGUUAGAACUUUCCACCUCCGGCUGCCCCGACCCCUCUCCCUGUCCCAGCUGUUUGGGGGGCGCCUUUUCUCCUCCCGGGGCGCAUUGAGAUCGCUCUGCCUUUUGAUUUUUUUUUUUCCUCCUUUUUCUCACCCGCUGCUUUUUGCAUUUGGCAAGAGGUGAUUCCAAGAGUCGCCAGGUGGGACGUCUCUCUCCCCCUUAUUCGGUUUAUUUAUUAUUGUCUGGGGUGCUUUGUUUUUUAACUCCUGUGCGCUUGGCCCGGGGAGUCUCGCCCCUGCCCGGCUCCGGGGCGCGGAGGAUGGUGUGGCGACGGCUGGGCGCGCUGCUGCUGUUCCCUCUGCAGAUGCUCUACCUGGUGGCGAAGGCGGCCGUGGGGCUGGUGCUGCCGGCCAAGCUGCGGGACCUGUCGCGGGAGAACGUCCUGGUCACCGGCGGCGGGAGAGGCAUCGGGCGCCAGCUCGCCCGCGAGUUCGCAGAACGCGGCGCCAGAAAGAUUGUUCUCUGGGGCCGGACUGAGAAAUGCCUGAAGGAGACGACAGAGGAGAUUCGGCAAAUGGGCACCGAGUGUCACUACUUCAUCUGUGACGUGGGCAACCGGGAGGAGGUGUACCAGACUGCCAAGGCUGUCCGGGAGAAGGUGGGCGACAUCACCAUCCUGGUGAACAACGCCGCCGUGGUCCACGGGAAGAGCCUGAUGGACAGUGACGACGACGCCCUCCUCAAGUCCCAGCACAUCAACACCCUCGGCCAGUUCUGGACCACCAAGGCCUUCCUGCCACGCAUGCUGGAGCUGCAGAACGGCCACAUCGUGUGUCUCAACUCCGUGCUGGCGCUGUCUGCCAUCCCGGGCGCCAUCGACUACUGCACGUCCAAGGCCUCGGCCUUCGCCUUCAUGGAGAGCCUGACCCUGGGGCUGCUGGACUGUCCAGGCGUCAGUGCCACCACCGUCCUGCCCUUCCACACCAGCACCGAGAUGUUCCAGGGCAUGAGGGUCAGGUUUCCCAACCUCUUCCCCCCACUGAAGCCGGAGACGGUGGCCCGGAGGACCGUGGAGGCUGUGCAGCUCAAUCAGGCCCUCCUCCUGCUCCCCUGGACCAUGCACGCCCUCAUCAUCUUGAAAAGCAUUCUCCCCCAGGCGGCACUCGAGGAGAUCCACAGAUUCUCAGGAACCUACACCUGCAUGAACACUUUCAAAGGGAGGACAUAAGGCAGGACACAGACGCACAGUCCUAAGCCACGGGGCCCGCGGGGCCUGCGCCUGGCCACGCGGCCACGGGCCUGUCCCUGGCACACUUCUGCAGGGCGAGCAGGACGCUCUCGUCCCAGGGAAGGAUCUGGCCGCCCCCAGGCCAGCCCCAGGACCUUUGCACAGGACCAGCGGGCCUAACUCUGACCCCCAUGGGGAGGCAAGAAGCCAGCCAGCAGCCGCCUUGACACUUCUGUACAUUUCUCGUUCUGUAGAGUUUAUUGUUAAACUUCUUCUCCGGUCUAACCAGCCUCAGCCGUGUGCGGAGACUGUCUCCGGAGGGUCUGCCCAGAUGUUCCUCCUGCCCCUCCACAAUCCACUCAUCCUCCGCUUGCGCCAACCAGUUGAACAGCAGGAAUGAAAAAUAAAGAGAUGGCUUUUG